GGCGGCCGGCGGGCCCCGGCGGCGGCAUGCCGCGGGACAACAUGGCCACGCUAAUCCAGCGCAUCGCCCGGCAGGCGCGGCUGACCUUCCGCCGCGGCGGGGGCGGGGGCGGGGCGCCCGAGGCGGGCUUCCCCGAGAACCUGCAGCAGCUGCAGCAGCUGCUGAGCCAACUCCGCGCCGAGGACCUGAACAUCAGCCCGCGGCGGGCCGCGCUGCCCUCGCCCCCGCCGGCGCGGCCGCCGCACCUGCCGCCCGUCACCUACAUGCACAUCUGCGAGACGGCCGAGUUCAGCCUGGGCGUGUUCCUGCUCAAGAGCGGCACGUCCAUCCCGCUGCACGACCACCCGGGCAUGCACGGCGUGCUCAAGGUGCUCUACGGCACGCUGCGCAUCAGCUGCCUGGACCCGCUGCCGGGGGAGGGCCCGGGGGCACCGGGGGAGGGCCCGCAGCAGCAGCAGCAGCAGCCGCUGCCGCCGCCGCAGGCCCCCGCCGCCCCGCCCCGUUUCGACCCCCCGCUGCGGCCCGGCCAGCGAGCCGUGGUGCGCCGGGCCCUGCUGCGCUCCCGCGCCGAGUACACAGAGGCCAGCGCGCCGUGCCUGCUCAGUCCGCACCGAGACAACCUGCACCAGAUCGACGCCGUGGACGGGCCCGCCGCCUUCCUGGACAUCCUCGCCCCGCCCUACGACCCGGACGACGGCCGAGACUGCCACUACUACCGGCUGCUGGAGCUCGCCGUGCCGGCCGGGCCCCCGGACGCCGGCCUCGGUUGCGGGCCGGCCGCGCCGCUGCCGGUGCCCCGGGAGGUGUGGCUGCUCGAGACGCCCCAGGCGGCCGAUUUCUGGUGCGAGGGCGAGCCCUACCCGGGCCCCAAGGUCACGCCGUGAGCGGGGCUCCCCUGGGACCCCCCCCAAUCCUCUGCUUCCCAGGGGCGGGGAAGGGGAAAGGGGGAGGAGCUCGGCGCUUCCAUCCAA